AUGUCUAUAAACUGGGUGAUGCUCCAUGAAACGGACGGUUUCGUGCGUCUACCAAACGAGCGGGUCAUAUAUACAUCACCCCCGCGCACCAGCCUCAGCCUUCGAAACCUCAAUCCACGCCCAGACGACGAAUCGUUGGCGAUACAAAGCAGCACCGGUCGUGUUCAUCUCACGAAUCAACGGAUCGUUUACCUCCCGUCGUCUCCCACUCCUGAGUUUCAAUCAUUCUCUGCUCCGCUCUUAAACAUCCACGACACUCAUGUGUCAGCCCCUUUCUUCGGGCCGAAUGUAUGGACCUCUGUGAUUCAGCCAGUGGUUGGCGGUGGCAUCCCACCAUCAAACAUAGCCGUUCAAUUGAAAAUGACAUUCAAGGAUGGUGGCGCCUUCGAUUUUCAUUCUGCCUUUGAAAGAAUAAAAGAACGAUUGCAGCAAGUCGUUGAGCAGGCUCGGGAAACCGGAUUGAUUUCCGGAGAUAGUCGACCCCAACGUGCCGGCAACUAUAACGGAGUCGAUUUUGCCGACGUUCAUCUCGAGGAACUACCUGCCUACGCACCCCCCAAGCCACAAUCCGCUGCGCAAUCAAACCCUGAGACCGCCGAACCAUUAAUGGCAAGUUCUAGAGAAGAAUUUGAACCGCCGGCCGAGCCUCCGCCGGGCUACGAAGAAGCUCAGCAGCAGGGCGUGGCGAAUGAAUUUGAGGAUCGCCUUCGUCGAGCUCAAUGA